AUGGACCCCAAUGCCGCCGCCUGUGUCGGCGGCGAGGCAGCCGAUAGCAGAACCUCGGCCGGCGAUCCCUUCAUGAAGAUGCCCUUCGAGCUCCGCAAGUCUAUCCUCGACGACCUCGACAACCGGCGUGACGUCUACGCCAUCAGCCGGGCGUCUCCCAUCAUGGCCAAGACCGCCCGUGGCACCCACGGCAUCCUCGAGCAGCUCCUCGAGACCGAGCUCGGCCCGGCGCAGCUGCGCGCGCUCCUCCCCGACGCGCUCGCCGCCCUCAUGUUCCCGACCGCCGUCUGGUAUCCUUCCGACGCCGCCAAGAAGGCGGCGAUCCUUCAGCAUAUCCGUGACUGGAAGUCAAACCGCCUCGGAGACCGCGCUGGCGACGACGACAAGGUGGCCGCGCACGUCUUCAUCCACCGGCUCGCGAUCCCCUUCGCCGAGGAUUUCGCCGCCCUCACGGGGACCGUCGGCAAGGUCGCCGACCAGAUCCGCCUGCCCGCGUGGGCGUACGACCGACGGUACAAAAAGGCCCCCCGGCCCGCCGUGGAGAUCUGGCGCUACGAGCCUGAGGAGCGUGUCCGCCUGCUCCGGGCGUUCUGCCGCUUUGAGCUCCUGAGCAAGGUCAUCAGCGCCCGCCCCGGCGCCCAGCUCUGGACCCUCACCGAGCAGUUCCUCCUCUUGAACGCUCUCUUCGAGGCCUGGGAGGUGGAGGAGGUAUUCUGCGUGCAGAUGUACGUCGGGGAAAUGCAUACCAUUCUCUUUGAGACGCACGUCGUCGACGUCCUUGAUACGAUGUCUUCCAACUCCAUUCGCUCUCGUCUUCUCGACCCCGCGCGCGUUGAUCAAUCCGUCCGUCUGAGCCGCGGACCGUUCGAUGACUAUUACGAGGUUGACGACGAAGAAACGGAAUGGUUCACCAAGAUCGGCCCCGAGCGUAACCCUGGCACCCCCUGCGCCAAGUUCGAGCUAGCCGGCUACGACAAGCACGCCACUUUCGUCAAGCAGACGGCCACCUUUGGCCUCGCCUUCCUCAAGCACUUCCUCCGCUCCGACGCGCCGACCUACAGCCGCUGGAUCCGCGCCCACGGCCACGUCCUCCUCAACGGCAUGGCGGACCCCGACGAGGCCGAGUACGUUGGCCCCUACGGCACGCGCAGCGACGUCGACGGCGGCGUCCUUUGGCUCUCCUUCCGCGUCCUCGACACGGCCCAGCUCGACGGCGGUAACGCCGCGGUCCGCCCGCUCCGGACCAACGCUGACCUCGCCUACAUCCGCCACACUCCCGACGACGUCGCCGCCAACACGGCCUGGCGGCACCUUGACGCGACGAACCCGCAACUGCGCGAGGCCUUCCGCCGCUGCGGCUGGGUCUUCUGGUCCGACGCGCGCCUCCGCCGCAACGUCUUCUGGAACCGCCGCCUCGACGUCUUCUCCCCCGGCGCCGCGCCCCGGUGGCUCCACCGCCCGGACGGCAGGAGGGGGGGAGGGGACCCCACCGCCAUCGCCACCUCCGACGAGGACGACGAGGACGAGGACGAGGACGAGUACUUCCUGCCCCGGUCCGAGAUCGACGACAACAUGGCGUUCAAUUCCUUGGGCGGCGCGCCGUUUGUGCUCGGCCUCAGCAGCGCGGCCGAGGCGAAGCUGCUCUCGUUCCUAGGUGAAAACCUGGUGCGCCGGGGCAUCCCGCUGUUCCGCGAGUACCCGUUCGACCGCUUCCGUGGCGAGCGGAUCCCGCUCGCCGUGUGGGAGGAGUGCAUGGGUGGCGCGGACCCGGCGGUCCCUGCUGGCGCUGUUGAAGUGUUUGACGGCAUUUUCUGGGGCUAG